GCUGGGCGCGGAGCUGCGGGCUCGGGGGUGUGAGCGGCCGAGUAGGGCGCCCCCAGGAUGCUGCGGUUCCUGCGCAGGACCUUUGGCCGGCGGUCGAUGCAGCGCUACGGGCGAGGAGCUGGACGUGGAGCCGGGCGAGGAGGCGCCUUUGGGGCAGGGGACGAGCGGGACGGGGGGCUGAGAGGAGCCGCCGCCGCGGAGGGGUUUCCCUCUUCCCCGCACCCCGGAGGAGCCGGGCACAGCGCCGGAGCCGCCGUCCACAUCCCAGCGGCCGGAGACAGCAAAGCGGCGCUGCAGUGCCGGGUGCUCCUGCUGGACGGGACCGACGUCAACGUGGAGCUGCCGAAAAAUGCGAAAGGGCUGGAUUUGUUUGACCAGAUUGUCUAUCAUUUGGACCUUGUGGAAACAGAUUACUUUGGCCUGCAGUUCAUGGAUGCCUCCCAGGUUACACACUGGCUGGAUCAUUCUAAACCAAUUAAGAAGCAAAUAAAAAUUGGACCUCCGUACACUUUGCAUUUUCGAAUUAAAUAUUACUCGUCAGAACCGAACAACCUUCACGAGGAGUUUACAAGGUACCUGUUUGUAUUACAGCUCCGACAAGACAUUCUUUCAGGAAAACUGAAAUGUCCGUAUGACACUGCUGUGGAACUAGCAGCUCUGUGUCUUCAAGCUGAACUUGGAGAGUGUGAGCACCCAGAACACACACCAGAACUAGUGUCUGAAUUCAGAUUUACACCAAACCAGAGUGAAGCUAUGGAAUUUGAUAUCUUUCAGAAAUGGAAAGAGUGCAGGGGAAAAACCCCAGCACAGGCUGAAUUGUGCUACUUGAACAAAGCUAAAUGGUUGGAAAUGUAUGGUGUAGAUAUGCAUGUUGUUAAGGGAAGAGACGGAUGUGACUACGCGCUUGGACUUACACCAACAGGUGUAUUGAUCUUUGAAGGAGCAAACAAAAUAGGUUUAUUUUUUUGGCCUAAAAUCACUAAAAUGGACUUCAAAAAGAGCAAAUUAACACUUGUGGUCGUAGAAGAUGAUCAACAGGGCAGAGAACAAGAGCACACAUUUGUUUUCCGGUUAGACAAUGCAAAAACUUGCAAACAUUUGUGGAAAUGUGCAGUGGAACACCAUGCAUUCUUCAGACUGCGAAUACCAGCAAACAGUAAAUCUAGCAGAUCUGACUUCAUAAGGCUGGGUUCACGCUUCAGAUUCAGUGGUCGAACAGAGUAUCAAGCAACGCAUGGAUCUAGGUUACGCAGAACCAGUACAUUUGAAAGAAAACCCAGCAAACGGUAUCCAUCACGAAGGCAUUCAACUUUUAAAGCAAACAAUCCUGUGAAGGCAGCACAAUUGUGUGCAAAAAAUAAUCCUGAAGUCCACAACUACCAGUCACAGUAUCACCCUAAUAUACAUCCUGGUCCACCACACUGGCACCCUCAUACUCCUGUGAACGUAAGCUACCCCUUAAACAACACUGACCUUCAUCAGUUCAACACUGAAGAAAAUGGUGGAGCACCAUUUACCACAAAAAUGUCUGGAAGGCAUCACCACCACCACCAUCGGCAUCACCAUCACCACUCUAAUUAUGGAGUAAUUGUUCCCGACAACAAAGAUAUUGUUUCUGGAGUUCCAAAUAAAUUGAGCUCAGGACUUCCCCUCCUUUAUGAUAACACUUCUUCCCAUCUGAAGAAGAUGGAAGUGGAGACUGUGAAGGUAGUUGGACCAUGGCCAGCUCUGCACAUCAAUGUAAACAAGGGUGAAGACAAGAAAGUUUCUGAAAAAAGUCUUCAUCCCCCAGUGUCACCUUCCUCCGUACCCGAUCAUAUGAAAUGUAACAUCCUUAAAGCUCAAGUAGAAGCUGCUUUUAGGGUGGGUGCCCAGCAGAUGGGGAAAGAAGAGACACCAUUUGUAAAUACCAGUAAGACCUCCAGUCUGCAGGACCCUAAUGUAAGAAGUCCAGCACCAGUACGACCAGAAACUACACCAUCAACAGGCGCUACAGAAAAGCAGGAAAUUAAAGUUUCUCGUGUGAGGAAGUUAACGAGACAGUACAGCUUUGAUGAAGACGACCUUCCUCCAGCACUGGCAGCGGCUGCAGCAGCAUCAACAUCUGUUUCAUCAGCAUCUCCCGUGUCACAGAAGAUGUGUACACCACAAAUGUCAGAAGGACAAACCCAGAUAUCACCUGGUGCAAAGAGCCCCACGGAUGUUGGAAGUACAUUUGCUUUGGAGCCAGGUGACCUUUUGAUGGAUUUCACAGAAGCCACACCUAUGAUAAAGACAUUCCCUGCUGAUACAUCUUAUCCUUUUUUCGAUCCUUUUACAACAGUACCACAGUUUUCUGCAGAAUUUAUAGACAGCAAAUUAGUGUGCUGUGCUGUGCAGUCAUCACCUAAAAUGUUACCACCAGUAUCUCCUUCACCUGCAAUGAGGUCCUUGGCAGAGACAGUCCCAACCCCGACAGUGCAGACGAUAUAUUCAUCACACAAACCUAUUUCUCUGGCAGACAGUGCUGAGACUCUGAGGCGUGAACUCGAGAGAGAGAAGAUGAUGAAAAGACUGUUGAUGACAGAAUUAUGAACUUCUCACUUCGUCACAUGGAGACUGGAUCGGGGCCUUUCAUGUGCCUUCUGUCUGUUUACAUUCCUCCACUUCUGUGUACUCAACAUAAUGCAUCAUGAAAAUGUGUUAUGUUCCCAGCUCACUCAGAUUCAUCACAGUUGGUUAAAAUUAAGUCUUGGCUUGACUUUAACUUGGAGGAGUUCCUUUAUUCAUUUGCUGCUGGGAAAUAAACAUUCAGUCCUUUAUUUAUCAUGAGUAUUAGGAUUUUCUACUAUUAUAAAAUGAAUUUUAGGUUUGGUUUUGGUAAAUCUAAGGUAAAAAUGAUCAGCAAGGAACAUACUGAUUUCUACUGAGAAACACUGUUCUGUAUAUAUGUUAAUAACUGCACAGAGAUUAAUGUUAUGCAGAAUAUUUUGAUAGUAACAUAGAAAAUGUCAUUUUGUAUAACUGAAAACUGCACCAAGUUACUGCUGUUUGUUAAAGAAUCAUUUUUAAAAGCAGAAAAAUGAUUACAUCUUAACCCUAUGACUCUUUGUCUCUGCUGAAAAAUAAAUGGCUAUCUUCUCAAA